AUGGACCGCAAAGUUCUCGUCUGCUCCAUCGGCAACCCCGGCGCCUACCUCUCCACCCGCCAUUCCGCAGGCCACACCAUCACCACCCUCCUCCGCGACACCCUCGGCCACACACCCUUCCGCAAAAGCAAGCCACACAGCGGCGACCUCGCAACCCACGACGCCGACCCCACCUACACGCUCUGGCAGAGCAAGUCGCUCAUGAACAUCUCCGGCGCGGGCGUCAACCGCGCGUGGCGCACAUUCCUGUCCGGUCUCGACCCCGCGGAGCGGGACCGCGCGGUGCUGGUGGUUGUGCAUGACGAGAUGGAGGUUGCGCUGGGCGCCGUCAAGGUCAAGAGGACGGGGAGCGCGGGGGGCCAUAAUGGGCUGAUUAGUAUUAUUGCGGCGUUGGGGACGAAGGACUUUACGCGGAUCGGGGUUGGCAUUGGGCGCCCGGUGAGCCGUGACAGCCAGGUGGUGAGCGACUAUGUGCUGGGCAAGUUCACGGCGGCGGAGAAUAAGGUGCUCAAGGACAAGUCACUAUCGCUGGUGCUGCAGAAGCUGAAUGAGAUUUCUUCGGCACCAUAG